AUGCAAGGAUCUCAGCCAGUUGCUUUGAUGGCAAUGCUCAUCUUGGUCAUGACUCAGUUGCUGCUGGAUGAAAGGUUUCUGUCCGUCUUUGCAAACACACACAGGGCACCACAAGAGAGCCGUGGGCUACAAGCAAUAGAGGAAACACACAACAAUGUUGAAAGUGACAGCACUGAUAGCAGCAAUAGCUCUUUCCAUGACGAAUGUGCUUUUGCUCGCAAUGUUCCUUUCUCCAACAAACCUCCAACCACGACUGUCAUUGUUACUUCCAACCUGAUCCCCACCAUGCCCUCUACUGCCGUAUUGGAGGACACACUGGACUCAUUAUCCAUGCUCAUUGGACUGGAGCCCAACACACCCAUCAUCAUCGCAGUGGAUGGAAUCCAGCCUCGGCUCGACACACCUGAAAACCGACAGCGACUUCAAGAUUGGGUCUCACGAGUUCGCUCCAUGUUCAAAUGCCAUCCCAAUGUCCAGAUUCUCACGUCAUUUGUUCCUCUACACAUUAGCAACACUCUUCGAAUGGCCAUCCAGCAAGUCACAACUGAGUUUGUUCACAUUAUGGAACAUGAUUUUCCCUUUACCAAGGAGAUUGAUCACCAGCUGCUUGUCAACGCCCUUCGAGAUGUUCCAGAACUACGGAUCAUUCGAUUCAGCAAGCGCCUGAAUGGUGGGGUACGAAAUCGUGCCCCUUGUACCCGCAACCAUACAUAUGCUGGCAUGGACUUUCACUUGAUUCGAUGGUCCAACAACAAUCACUUUACUACCAAAAAAUACUAUGACUGGCUUUUGGAGGAGAUUGGUCCUGUCCCCCGUGCCCCCGAAAACAGAAUGAUGGCACAGCAAACCAAGAACUGCACCUUGUAUGGGCAAUAUGCAUAUGGGCCUAUGAAUGAUGGAUUUUACUUGCAUCAUAUUGAUGGAAAGAGGGAAUCGUACAACCGAACCUACAUGUUCAAUAAUCACAAGAGGUGUCCCAAUGCGACGGCCGCCGUACCAUCGUCGGUGUUGCCAUGGGUUCGGUGUCCAAUGUAA